UCUGAAUAGACUCUCCCAGACAAAAUUUUUUUGUUGUUGAAGUUUCAGUAAAAUAUUAGUAAAUUGCAGACGACUUUUUUCCCUGUUUUUCUUUUGUUCCCCUUGUCAUUGAGUGCAGCCUUUAAGGACAAUGUUUUAAGAGAUACUGAAUGCUUAUAUAUGAUGUGGUGUUAAUAAACCAGCAAUUUUUAAUGAAUGUUGGAUGUUUUGCACUUGUAUUUUGCACUAAGACCCUUCACUAACCCAACAUUUUAGCCACGUUUCCAUAACUUUACAUCAUGAUAAGAAUUUUAUUUUUAUGGAAUAUUUUCAUUUCAUGAAAUGAAAAUUUGCUUCGUUUUUGGCUGAAUUUUUACCAACUCUUCUUGGCACAUUCCUUAAGUGAGUGGCACAUAAGGACCUGGUGAGCUGUGUGGGCUGGACGACAGCUGACGAGCUCUACUCGUGUGGGGACGACCACCAGCUCAUGAGGUGGAGCCCCGUGAGCAGCGAGACCACCCGAGUGCUGAAGCUGCCAGGUGAUGUUUAUCCCAUAGAUCUGCACUGCUUUCCCAGAGGCAUCGGUGGCAAGAAGCAAUCCCAGGCUGAGAACUUUGUCCUGACGAGCUCUGAUGGGAAAUUCCACUUGAUUUCCAAGCUAGGAAGAGUGGAGAAAAGUGUAGAAGCACAUUGUGGAGCUGUCCUUGCAGGAAGGUGGAAUUAUGAGGGAACAGCCCUGGUUACAGUUGGGGAAGAUGGCCAAGUGAAAAUCUGGUCUAAAAGUGGAAUGCUGAGAUCCACCUUGGCUCAGCAAGGAACUCCAGUGUACUCAGUGUCCUGGGCCCCUGACUCUGACAAAGUUCUCUACACCUCAGGGCAGCAGCUGAUCAUUAAACCCCUCCAGCCAAAUGCUAAAGUUCUGCAGUGGAAAGCCCACGAUGGCCUGAUUUUGAAAACUGACUGGAAUUCAGUGAAUGAUCUGAUCCUGUCUGCAGGGGAAGAUUGCAGAUAUAAGGUCUGGGACAGUUUUGGCCGUGUCCUGUACAAUUCCCAGCCCCACGAGUAUCCCAUCACUGCCAUUGCCUGGGCUCUGGAUGGAGAAUUGUUUGCUGUGGGGUCUUUCAACACUUUACGUCUCUGUGAUAAAACUGGGUGGUCUUAUGCCCUGGAGAAGCCCAGCACUGGCAGCAUUUUUGCCAUUUCCUGGUCCAUCGAUGGCACCCAGCUGGCCGGAGCCUGUGGGAAUGGCCAGGUCAUCUUUGCCCACGUGGUGGAGCAGCACUGGGAGUGGCAAAACUUCCAAAUUACCUUAAUUAAGAGAAGAACCAUGAAGGUGCACAAUGUCAUCAACGACGCCGUGGAUUUGUUGGAAUUCCGGGACAGGGUCAUCAAAGCCUCCCUGAAUUAUGGAUACUUGGUGGUCUCCACUUCCCUGCAGUGUUAUGUGUUCUCGACAAGGAACUGGAACACUCCAUUGAUUUUUGACCUGAAGGAAGGAACUGUGAGUUUGAUUCUCCAAGCAGAGAGGCAUUUUCUUCUCGUGGAUGGUGGAGGACUUUAUUUAUAUUCCUAUGAAGGCAGAUUGAUUUCCUCUCCAAAAUACCCAGGCAUGAGGACAGACAUUUUAAAUGCCCUGACAGUGUCCCUGAGCAAUGACACGCUGGCAGUGAGGGACAAGGCUGAUGAGAAGGUUAUCUACAUCUUUGAAGCUUUAUCUGGGAAGCCACUGGGUGAUGGAAAACCUCUGACCCACAAGACAGAGAUUGUGGAGAUUGCCUUGGACCAGAAGGGACUGACAAGUGAGAGGAAAAUAGCUUUUAUUGAUAAGAACAGAGAUCUUUUCAUCACCUCAGUGAAAAGGUUUGGGAAAGAGCAGAAGAUUGUCAAAAUAGGGACAAUGGUGCAGAGUUUGGCCUGGAAUGACAGCUGCAACAUCCUCUGUGGGAUCCAGGAUUCCAGGUUCACAGUCUGGUAUUAUCCCAACACAGUCUACGUGGAUAAAGACCUUCUCCCAAAAACCCUGUACGAAAAAGAUGCCAGUGAGCUGAGCAAGAGCCCUCAGAUCGUGAGUUUUGUGGGCAGCCAGGUGACAAUCAGGAGGGCCGACGGGUCCCUGGUGCACCUGCACGUCUCCCCGUACCCCGCCAUCCUGCACGGCCACGUCAGCUCCUCCCGCUGGCAGGACGGGCUCAGGCUCUGCAGGUUUGUCAAGGACCAGACCCUGUGGGCUUGUUUGGCAGCCAUGGCAGUGGCCAACAAGGACAUGAGCACAGCUGAAAUCGCCUACGCGGCGAUCGGCGAGAUUGACAAAGUGCAGUACAUCAAUUCCAUCAAGGAGCUGCCCUCCAAGGAGUCCAGGCUGGCUCACAUGCUGCUCUUCAGUGGCAACAGCCAGGAGGCUGAAACCCUCCUGCUCCAGGCAGGCCUGGUCUACCAGGCCAUCCAAAUCAACAUCAACCUUUACAACUGGGAGAGAGCCCUGGAUCUGGCAGUGAAGCACAGGACACACGUGGACACAGUCCUGGCUUACAGACAGAAAUUCUUGGAGGAUUUUGGGAAAAAAGAAACCAACCAAAGGUUUUUGCAGUAUGCAGAAGGUCUGGAAGUGGAUUGGAAUAAAAUCAAAGCCAAAAUAGAGAUGGAAAUUGCUAAAGAAAGAGAACGAGCAGCAGCCAGUGCUGCAGGGAGGAGCAGUGUGACUGUGCAGCAGUAAUUCACAUUUUGGGCACCUUCAAAGUGCUGCUUCAAUAUUUGAUACUGAUUUGUUGUAAAAAAAAAAAAAAAAAAAAAGCCACAGCAAACAUUUUGUGGGUCACAGGAGUGAGAAUUUCUGUGGAUUUGAACCCUUGGGUGACACACAGGAUUAAUUAUUUCCUUUCAUUUUGAGCUGGGUUUAUAUUCUGGUUCCAGUGCUGACUACAUACAUGAGAAAAAAGGGAAUGAACAGCUCCUCUCUCAGUGAUUUUAAAUUUUCAUUGCCAUUAAUAUUCUUUAACCUGGGUUGCCUCUCCUGAAAUCACAAUUUAAGCCCCAAGUUAAGCACUUUGGUUAUUUCUGCAAGCCCAGGGACCUCUCCAGACUUGUUUCAAUUGCCCUAAAACAAAUUUAGCAAACUGGAAGUGCUGAAAAUGCAAAAAAAAAAAAAGGAGCUUGAGCCUCUAAAGUACAAAUAUUUCCCUCACAGUAGAGUCAAUACAUAUUUGUAGUGAGUUCUUUAACAGAUGAUUUCAGAUAAUUUCAGGUUUGUCACUAAGCAAAACAUUCAGCAGUAAAAGGUUUUGGUUUUUUUGGUUUAAAAUGCUUUGGAAUGUGAUUUCAGGGUUGUUGGAAGUAACAAACAGCAUUUGUAGCAUCUGACGUGUAAAAUUGACAAGAAUAUUUAAAAUAAGAGAGUAUUCCCUGUCUUUUUUCUGCCCAAAACCCUUGAUUUGUAAAUAAUCUUUCUUAAUUUAUGUUAUUUCAUCAAGAUUCACUUUUCUGUGUUUCACACCCGAAGCUGGCUGCUUUCUCUUCAUGUUAUAAACACAUUACCAGUUUAUUCAUCACUGACAAGGUUUAUUAUGUAUCUUUCAAGUGUUACCAGCAAAAUGUUAAAUAUCUGUACAUACAGCAAAUUUGUAAACCAUUGUGUGACCCUCUCUGGCACAGUUCAUAAAUUUCUUAAUAAAACCAAAUCAAAGAGGA